ACUCCUUUUCACAAGAACAAUGAAGAGUCUGAAACAGACAGUGAAGAAUCUGAUGUUAGCGGUUCGGAUGGGGAGGACACAUCAUGGAUCACAUGGUUCUGUAAUCUAAGAGGAAAUGAGUUCUUUUGUGAAGUUGAUGAUGGUUACAUACAAGAUGAUUUCAAUCUUUGUGGCUUAAGCAGUCAAGUUCCUUACUAUGAUUAUGCUCUUGAUCUGAUCUUGGAUGUUGAAUCAUCUCAUGGUGAUAUGUUCACCGAGGAACAAAAUGAGUUGGUUGAAUCAGCAGCAGAGAUGCUAUAUGGUCUGAUCCAUGUUAGAUAUAUUUUAACUAGUAAAGGGCUUGCUGCUAUGCUGGAGAAGUUCAAGAACUAUGACUUUGGAAGAUGCCCACGAGUUUAUUGCUGUGGUCAGCCUUGUCUUCCAGUCGGACAAGCUGACAUUCCUCGUUCCAGUACUGUGAAAAUCUAUUGCCCAAAGUGCGAAGAUAUAUAUUACCCAAGGUCAAAGUACCAAGGCAAUCUUGACGGGGCGUAUUUCGGCACUACAUUUCCACACCUUUUUCAGAUGACAUAUCCACACCUUAAACCACAGAAGCCAUCACAGCGAUAUGUCCAAAGAGUAUUUGGGUUUAAGAUUCACAAGUCAUGACUCCAGAGAUGAGCUCUUUAAAUCAUGGUGAACCUUGAGGUUCUUCAUUCUGCUAUUUUGCUCUGAAGAAAAUUAUGUGGCAGGUUUGAGGAGUCGGUGGCGGUUCAACGUCUAAUCAAUGGUUCUCAUUAUUUAUUAAGCCAAUGUUUAUUUUUGUUUUACUUGUAACUGUACAGCUUUGCUUAGGUUUGUUACUUUGUUAGUGGUGAUGGGCUUUGAGAUACAGUGUGUUUUGGCUUGUUAGUGUUGCUAUUUAAAGAUGUUCAAGGUAGCAUACACUCUGAUAUCAUUAAACUUCAAGGCGAUGAUUUCUCAGUUUCUUUU